AUGCAGGCCACUCUAUUUGAUGGUCCAAGGAUCACACCUAGGAAUUCUACUACACAUGCGAAACACGUUUCGAAGCCCUGGCGGCUGAUGACAGCUGCUUCGGCUAUUUUGCUGCUGCUUGGAUAUCUUAUUCUCCCCGUGGUCUUCAGCGACGCAGACGAUACGAUACGAAUUGAUCAAACCGCGUCGGCCGUGUUCGCCUUGUUCUUCAUCGGGAUAGGAUAUACUGCCUCCAUAGCCAUCGCCUUUUUCCAGCGCCAGAAGAAGGCAUUUCUUCUGCGUUCUAUCUUCGUGCCCUACUUGACGAUAAAUCUUUUGUCCCUAUUCAAUGUUAUUUUCAACAUCCUCAGUCGUGGCCUUGUACCGCUCAGCGCACUCCGAGUUGUUGGGAUUGGACUCCCUAGUACAUUCUCUGUGAUAUACGGACUCUCGGCAUUCUUGAUCUAUCGCGAAUACGGUCCUCCCGACGAGCAGGUGGAAGACGACACCCCUUUACUAGUACGCGUCAAUCCCGAAGAUCUGACCCGAACACAGUUGCGACGGCUGUUAGAAGAAAGAAACUCUGGAGCCCCAUCACCCGAUAUUGUUCAUAGCACCUAUCGAUUAGAUUUGCCCGAUCCUCCGCCGCAGGAUCAUUCCAAGGCGGCCAUUGAGAAUGUGCUGGAUCUGACGCCAGUCGUGGACCUCGGCCCAGAUGUAUUCACCAACACCAGGCCGCUCUGGCACCCCCCUGGAGCUCGAGGCAUCUAUGGCGGCGCCGCUAUCGCCCAGUCUCUAUCCGCCGCGAUGCGCACCGUCCCCGCCGAUUUCGCCGUACACAGCAUGCACUGCUAUUUCGUCCUAGCCGGAGAUUCAGAAAUCCCUAUCCUCUAUCAUGUCGAACGCGUGCGUGACGGACGAAGCUUCAUUACCCGAACUGUGCAGGCGCGCCAACGCGGUCGUCCCAUCUUCACGACGACGCUCAGCUUCAGCCGCGUCGGUAGCGGAGGUGAGAAAACGCUGAACCAUGCGGUCCCGAAACCUGAUGUACCCCUCCCACAACCGGUCAUUUCCGGCACAGUCAAAGCGCUGAGUGAAGCCGGCGGUGGUCCUUUUGAGUCCCAGAAAGCGGGCAUCGUGAACCGUGCCUCCUAUCCCGAAGAUAAGAAGAUGCGGCGAUUUGUCCGGGCGCGUGGUCAUAUCUCUGAUGAGGGUGGCUUCCAAGCUCAUCUUUCCGCGCUCGCCUAUGUUACCGAUAGCUUCUUCAUUGGGACAGUCGCUCGAAACCCCUCUGAUCUUGAUGACGAAGAUAUCACCAAGGCUCUGAAGGAACUGAAGGAGGAAGAGGCAACCGAUCUCCGACGACGACUCGAAGGAGCUCUCAGCGAUGCCACCAGUGGCAAGAAUCAACAACAACACAAGGAGGUCGGCAUGAUGGUCAGCCUGGACCACUCAAUAUAUUUUCACAAUCCUCGAGCUUUCCGGGCCGAUGAGUGGAUGUUGAUCGAAAUGGAGAGCCCGUGGGCUGGCGAGGGUCGAGGAUUGGCUCUUCAAAAGAUCUGGUCGAAGGAUGGCGUGCUGAUUGCCACAUGCACACAAGAGGGCGUUGUUCGUUUGAAGCAAGAUAAACCACCCUUGGCGAAGAUUUAA